CCCUUUCGAAGCUGCGGCGCCGGGGCAGUUGCUGGCUGAGAGACGUCGCUGUGAAGGAGGAGGAGAAGGAGGCCUCUCUGCCUUCAGGGCUGAAGGGGCCCGAGGCGGACAUGGAGCCGCGGCAGCCAGGAGGGCCUGGCGGGGUCCCUUUCUCCCCUUCUCCCCAGGAAUGUCCCUCCUUCCCCCCCUGCGAGGCGGGGACCCGCGCCCAUCCCGACGUGCGGCUGAAGACACGCGUCUUAGAGCUUUGAUCUGCUGACGAGCCUGACACUCCACGUCACAUUUGGCUUCAUCAAGAUGGAACAUGGCCCAAGCAAAUAGCACAAGGAAGCCCGAGUGGAUUGCCAAAAGGCCAGGUCUUGCCUGAGGGGAAGUUCACUGUUGGACGUUCCCGGUCCAACAGAAGAAAGGAUGGCCCAUUCCGGCAUCUGGAACCGCCUCAAGUCCAUGCUGAGGAAGAAUGACGAUGCCUUGUUCUUGAACGACUGCAGUGCCUUUGACUUCUCGGACGAGGGGGGCGAGGAGGACUUCCCCAGGUUCAACAAGCUACGGGUGGUGGUUUCGGAGGAGGCGGGCGAGGCCUCCGCCAACGGAACUCAUGUGGGGCCCCAUUCUGACGACGAAUCCUUGCUGGACAGGGAUGUGGCUCCACGGAGCGCCCAGGCUGGCCCUGGGACGGACCCUUGCCGCAACUGCAGCAAAGAGAGGGAGCGGGCAAAGCAGAAGAAGGUGAAGAGGCGCCUGAUCCUGGCAGCCAUCCUCUAUCUCCUCUUCAUGACGGGGGAACUGAUAGGUGGAUAUGUUGCAAACAGCCUAGCAAUCAUGACUGAUGCACUCCAUAUGCUAACGGACCUCAGCGGCAUUAUUCUGACUCUGCUUGCUUUGUGGUUGUCUGCAAAAUCUCCCACCAAAAAAUUCACCUUUGGCUUCCAUCGCUUAGAGGUUUUGUCUGCCAUGUUCAGCGUGUUGCUGAUUUAUAUCCUUAUGGUGUUCCUUUUGUAUGAAGCUGUUCAAAGGACCAUCCACAUGGACUAUGAAAUCAAUGGGGAUGUCAUGCUUAUUACCGCCGCUGUCGGUGUGGCUGUCAACCUCAUAAUGGGCUUUCUGCUGAACCAGUCCGGCCACCUUCACUCUCAUUCGCAUGCUCCGUCCUCUGUCCCUCCACCGAAUCCUUCUGCCACGGCUUCUGGGCACAGCCAUGGCCACAACAGCCUGGCAGUCAGAGCUGCAUUUGUACACGCUUUAGGGGACCUGGUCCAGAGCAUUGGUGUUCUCGUAGCUGCAUACAUCAUUCGCUUCAAGCCAGAAUACAAGAUUGCAGACCCUAUAUGCACAUACGUAUUCUCCAUUCUUGUGGCUUUCACAACGUUUCGAAUCAUCCGGGACACUGGAGUAAUUGUACUUGAAGGUGCCCCAAGGCAUUUGAAUGUGGAUCUCAUUAAAGAAGAGCUAAUGAAAAUCGAAGAUGUGUUUUCAGUGCAAAACCUCAACAUCUGGUCACUAACUGCAGGAAAAACUAUUGUCAUAGUCCACUUGCAAUUAGUUCCUGGUGUUUCAUCCAAGUGGGAAGACAUCCAGGGCAAGGCCAGGCGGUUGUUGCUGAACACCUUUGGGGUCUAUCAGUGCUCAGUCCAGCUUCAGAGUUACCGGCGAGAAGAAAGUAAACCCUGCAUUAACUGCCAAGGAUCUAGUGCCUAAUUUUUCCACACUUUUAAGUGGAGGGACUCCCUGCCUUAUACUUUUAAAAUUUUGCAACCAAAAGACCACAAAGCAAUAAAAAAAAAACAAAUCAAGAUUUACAAAUGUAACAGAAUCCUUUAGGUCUGGGGUUGCAUUAGCAGGCAGUGCAACGGAAAGGAUUGGGAAUGAGCGAAAGCUCUGGGUCAGGAGGACGACCCUUUCCGUGAAGAUGAGUGAUUUCUCCCGCUAUUCAGUUUUGCUAGGGUUUUUUCUUGCCAAUGUAUCUCCGAUAAGUUGUUUACAGAUGCAUUACAACUGGGCAGAUACCUCAUACAGUAAUCUUCCAUUUUCCUAUGCUCCAAAAAGGGCCUCAGGAAUUAACUACUUGAGUUUCUGAGAAGACUUGAGAAGGGCAAUCAUGUCCACAAUCGCUAUAUACAUUCAUGAUUCCUGAACUGGUUACGCAGUAUUUUAUUCCCUUUGCAAGAGCCAGGUUUUUCAUUCCUUGCCUAAAACUCAAGUUGUUGCAGGGAUAACAGAACCCUUUUGUAAGAUGUCUCUUCGCAGAAACUUGAACUCAUCUUUGGCAGUGUAACUUUUAUGGAAAAGUAACUUUAGCCUGCGCUCCAAGCUUUUACUGAGGACAAGCUGCCUUUUCCUUAACUGAAAACGUCGAGGCUGGACCCGCUCUGUUGGGAAGAAUUGGGAUUGGAAUUGGGGGUUUUUUUGUCUUUCGUAUCUUUUUGACAUAGGACUUGUACUGUAGGGAAAAAAGGCGUAUUUCAUUUCUUCAACUGUAUAUGUUUGGCUUUGAGAUGUUUUCUUUCUUAUGGAUCAUCUUGACUUUCUAAUGUUCUAACCUGCUUCAAGAAGCCCGUCGGUGAGCAUAAAUCUUGCGUCUAAUCAAGAAGUUUGCCACUUUGGGAUCUAUUUGCAAAACCAAGAGGGCUCUAUAGAAUUUGCAAAUUAGUUGACUCUAGUGUAGAUAUUCAGGGAAUAUGAGAGGAUAAAGAAACUUCAUCUUCAAUGCAAUUCCCAAGGUUUAGAACAGCGAGAAUCUGCCUUUGCAUUUCCUUUCCGUUAAUAUGAGUCUUCUGCAUGACAAUGUGCUAAAAUGUGCCAGUGAAACAUUAGUGAUUUGGUGAACAGUACAACUUUCCAGUCAUAGAGGAGAGCUUUUUUUGGUUUUUCUGCCCUCUUUGCAGUCUAAAAGUCACCAUCCUUUCUGACCUGUGCUGAAUUGCAGGCCUUAAUGAACUGCAUUGGAGGCACCAAACUAUUUGAAGGUUCUUCUUAAUUGUUUGAAGGGGAAACUGGGGGGAAGCUACUGAAAGACAGCUAUAUUGCUUUCAGUUCAUUGGAGUGAAUGUAGAUUAUUGCUAAAAUCAGAAUGAAUGUAGAUUAUUGCUGCCAAUAAUGGCCACAGCUCUAUUGGUAAGUCCCCAGUAGAAUAGACCCAUUGAAUCAAUGGUUGAAUAGUGAGUCAACCCAUUGCUAAAUCCUGGUGAUUCAAUAGAUCUACCUGUAGUAAAAACUAACAACAGAAUAUAGGCCAUUAAUAAUAAUUAUAAAUGGUUAGGGCUUGGUUUCACUUUCUUUGCAUCUGCUUUGAUUCAUAUAAAGAUUCAUCAUUUUGGGUUAAAAAAGUAUAGUUUCUAACUUAAUAAGAUCGAUUACUAUACUGCACAAUUCAGUUUUAGACCCAACUAAUGUAGGUCUAGGGAAUGCACAGGGCUUAGACUGGUAUUGAAUAACAAGUGCCAUUUAUUUCAGUGAGCCUACUCUGAAUUCGAUUUAGUCCUUGUUCUUUGCUUAUGAAAUUGGAAGCAAUCCGUUUUGUUAAUGUAGCUAGUAAAGUAUUAUAUGCCUCUGAUUUUGUUUUAUACUUGGGACAAACAAGCUGAAAAACAUAGCACUGUUUGAUCACAGUAAGAAAGAGAAAUAUGUGAUGUUACCAGUUACCAGCAUAUUUUGACUAACUUAGAACGGAUAGCCAGACAUCACUAAAUAGCUCCUCCAUGAAGUGAGUGCUGUAAUCUCUUUAAGGACUGGUAUUUGUCUUCUGAUAAAGAAAGUUUUAACAAAAUAAAAUCAGUUCGCGAAAAAAACCUGAAAAUUAUUACAACAUAAUGUGACAUAUUAAAAUAUUUCAGUAAAGGUUAUUGUAGUAUUGUUUUUUACAAAAAAUAUCACAACAAUUGGGAGUUAUUGCCAUGAUUAUCCUGUUAAGAUGUCUAUUCAAUGUACUUCUGAUGUCCCUUGUCAUUGAAACUAGUAAACUUUUUCUAUUGCUGAUCCCCAGGACAAAACUCAGUAUUAACAAGCGCAAAAUGCACUAUUAUUUUUUCUUACCUUUUCAAAAGCAGAGUGGUCAUCUUACAAUACAGUGUGAUGCAUUUCCAGGCCAGAGACGAAGAGCUGGUAUCUUUGCAGAUGCCCUCCCCCCCCCCCCCCCCCAAAUGCGCCAUUACUACAAAGCCAUAUCACAGUCUGUGAAAAAAAUGGUGUUUUCCUUCAAUAUGACUUUUCUGGGAGUCAGGUAUUUCUUUUGCACAUGACUGUAUUCAUUACAGAUAUUUCAUUAAGUUAGCUUUUACGGUACACAUGAUUAGAAACUGGGAUUUUAGUAGAUCUAUGCUGUACUUGGGCAUUUUUACAAUUGUACCUACAUUCUAUAUAUUUGUUUAAUGAGACAACCGUGUUGCUUUCUUGUGGAUUUAUUAAAUCAGUUAUUAAAACUGU